GCCUAUUGACUGCAGUUGCAGUUGUGUUGUCAGUGUCGCGCGGAGCAUUUGCGAGAUUAAACAACAGCCGCGUAGUGCUGCUGUUCAUACUGGCGCGGUUACACUCUUUUUUUUUAAAUAUUUUUGUUGUUGUUGUUUAGUUUUAGUGGUUAUGUUCUGUUCUGUUUUUCUUUUACACACAAAAAAAUCGAUUAAUUUAAUUCUUGUGAUUCGAUUGUAAAUGCAUUUUGUUGAUAUCCAUGUUAAGUGUUAAAUGGCCAAAACAGAGGUUAAUGCUACCACGAAUUUCGAUGGUAUUGCCGAAAAUACGGCGGCAUCGGCGAAUGAAACGUCCACACCCCCAUUAUGGGGUUCGGCACGUCUUUGUUAUACCAUUUGUGCCUUUUUGGCCAUGGUCAUCCAGUUGUGUCUUCGCAACACCUUGAAUUUUGUGAUACUUUGUAUGGUGAAACAUCAGCCGGUUAGCUAUGAUAAUACCACAGCUGAUGCAGCAGAAAUUGCCGUGGCCGAUAGCCAUUGCGGUCCCAUUGAUACGGGUUCGGCUAAUAGCACAAUACAAAGGACAGGUGAUCUAAUAUGGACACGAAAUCAAGAAUUCGCUGUACUGGGUACCUUUUACUAUGGCUACUUAGUGACACUGCCGAUUGCUGGUCGUCUGGCCGAUAGAUUUGGUGGUAAACUGCUCUUCGUGCACUCCAUUACGAUUCAGGCCAUGGUUUUUAUGUUGAUACCAUUUUUUGCACGGCAAAGUUAUACGGGAGCAGUUAUAGUACGGAUAUUACAAGGAUUGGUGGCGGGUUGUGGCAAUCCAGCUUUGUAUCAACUUUUCUCAACGUGGGCUCAUCCCACCGAACGUACAGCAUUCCUAUCGUUUGCCUACGGUGGUUAUUCUGUGGGUGCACUUCUGGUAUUUCCCAUAUCUAGUUUCCUAUGCAAAUUGGGUUGGGAAACAGCAUUCUAUGUGGUAGGUGGUGUGUCUCUUCUAUUUGGCAUCUCCUGUCAUUGGUUGGUGUACAGCAAAUUGGAAGAUCAUCCCCGCCUAUCGAAGGAGGAAUAUGAGUAUUUAAAAAGUAGCCAAGUAAAGGCCGCCAAUGCGGAUGUACCCUGGAAAGAUAUUUUUACAUCCGUUGCCGUAUAUGCAUUCAUAUUUACGCACAUUUUCCAUACCUAUGGCAUUAUGGUAUUUACGCUGUUGAUACCGAGAUUUUUCAAGGAAGCCAUGAGGCUGCCGCUGGCACAAGUUGGAAUUCUAUCAUCGGCGCCAUUUUUCGGUGCCUUCAUAUCGAAGGGUCUCACCAUUGUCUCGUGCAGUAUUAUCGAGAAACGUGAAAAUCUUAAUUUAACACGAUUUCGUCGAAUCGUUUAUGUUGUAUGUAAUUUAAGUACCGUCCUUUUUAUUGUCGGCAUUGUACUGUCCGAUUGUCAACAACGUAUAUUGGUUGUAUUAUUUACUAUGUGUAUUGGAAUCUCUACGGAUAUGGCAUUUUCCGGUGCCUAUUGGCCCAGUUUACUGUUUGUUGCACCAACAUAUGCCGGCCUAAUUUCGGGUAUAGCCAACUGCUUGGCAACGGUUAGUGGAUUUUUGGCACCACAUGGCAUAUCACUUAUAGUGCGUAACGGCACAAAACUCGAAUGGAAUUCUGUUAUGUUUACCCUAAUGGCAUCAUAUCUUUUGGGAGCUGCUGUCUAUGGCCUAUUUGGUAGUUCAAAAUUGGCCAAUUGGGGCCAUUUGGAUAAGAAUCAAAAUAAUAAUAAUCAAGAUUUAAACAAUCAAACUAGCGAAGCGUAAUGCAUUUAUAUUUGGUUAAUUAAUUUAAGGAUUUGUAUAUAGAAAAUUUGAUAGUAAUUGAUUAAGCGUUAAUGUUAAAUAAUAUUUUAUUGUAAAUUGUUGUUUUUUAUACUUGUAUUAUUAUCAAUCGAUUUUAAAUGUUAAGUUUUUAAAAUCUGUUUUAUGGAAAUAUUUAUGUGAAAUUGUGUGAAAUAAAAAACAUUUAAAAAAAAAA